AUGGGGAGUUGGGUAGCAUGGCCGAAAGAGCUUGUCAUAAUGUCACCUAUGAAGAAACCUGAGAAGAGGAGAAAAAAGAAAGUGGUACAAGAAGACGAUCUCUCUGAGGAUGAGUUUAGCCUACAAUCAUUGGCAGCUUCAUUACCAAAUUCAUUGAGGAUGUUGUGCAUGUGGGGUGAGGUUGGAUUCAAAGAUGGGAAGGCUAUCACCAUUCAAAUUGAGGCUGAAGUGUUUGGGCGUGCACGGAAAACAUUUAUACUAGGACAAGACGUGCGCAGAAUUGCAACCAUGAGAGAAUUGACUGGUAACUGCAUAGUCAUAUACCAAAGGUACCUCUAUGAUGUCCUGAGUCAGUAUAAAAUGUUGGAUAUGGUUGCUUUUAUUGACCCUGCGAUGAUUGGUGCAAUUGGGUGUGGGAAAGGCCAGGAAAGAUCCCAACAUAUAAAGGAGAGGCUGAUAUCUGCAAACCCUGGACAGAUUUUCAUGCUGCCAUAUAACUCAGAUGCAAUAUCCAUGUAUAAUGCACACAAGGGCAGGAAAGGCCGAAGUUCGCCUCUAUGGAAAAAUUUGUCGGGUGUUCCUCCUCAACCUAGCAGCAAGGAGUGUGGCUACUUUAUCAUGCGAUACAUGAGAGACAUCAUUGAAGAUAAGGACUUUUCAUUUGUUAACAAGUGGGAGAGGAGAAGCAACCAUAUUUAUACCCAAGUGGAUAUUGAUGAGAUGAGGAAUGAGUGGGCUAGGUUUGUGGUUAAUAGAUAUGUGUAG